GCAGUGGAUCAGCGACAGCGUCGAGGCUGCUGCUCGGUGCACAGUGACAGGGCGUUAUCUUUAUAUAAUUAAAACACAAAACGAACAGAUAUAAACUCGUAGACCGAUAGAAAGCGUUCUUUACCACUCUAUCCGUAAUGGAUUCCUAUGACAUUUUAGCUAACCAACCGGUUGUUAUUGAUAAUGGUUCUGGUGUUAUUAAGGCUGGUUUUGCAGGUGACCAGAUACCCAAAUACUGUUUUCCUAAUUAUGUGGGACGGCCAAAGCAUGUUCGUGUGAUGGCAGGAGCACUGGAGGGUGAUCUCUUCAUUGGACCCAAAGCAGAGGAACACCGGGGCUUAUUGUCAGUGCGAUAUCCAAUGGAGCAUGGCAUUGUAAAAGACUGGAAUGACAUGGAAAGGAUCUGGCAGUAUGUGUACUCCAAGGAGCAGUUGCAGACUUUCUCUGAGGAGCACCCUGUUCUGCUGACUGAAGCUCCACUAAAUCCCAGUAUUAACAGAGAGAAGGCUGCAGAGGUGUUCUUCGAAACCUUUAAUGUUCCUGCUCUCUUUAUCUCCAUGCAAGCAGUACUUAGCCUAUAUGCUACAGGCCGCACUACUGGUGUGGUAUUGGACUCUGGGGAUGGAGUGACACAUGUUGUGCCCAUUUAUGAGGGGUUUGCCAUCCCUCACUCAAUCAUGCGAGUUGACAUUGCUGGAAGAGAUGUUUCACGGUACCUGCGCUUGCUCCUGCGCAAAGAGGGCUACAACUUCAACACCUCUGCAGAGUUUGAAGUUGUUCGCACCGUCAAAGAAAGGGCCUGCUAUCUAUCUCUAAAUCCGCAGAAGGAUGAGACUUUAGAAACAGAGAAGGCACAGUAUGUGCUGCCUGAUGGAAGCACUUUAAAUAUUGGUCCUGCUCGGUUUAGAGCUCCAGAACUGCUGUUUAGACCUGACCUUAUAGGAGAUGAAAGCUCAGGCAUUCAUGAGGUGUUGGCUUAUGCCAUCCAAAAAUCUGACAUGGACCUCAGACGAACUCUCUUCUCCAACAUAGUAUUAUGUGGAGGAUCCACACUCAUCAAAGGUUUUGGAGAAAGAUUGCUAACUGAAGUCAAGAAGCUUGCACCAAAAGAUGUAAAAAUUAAGAUCUCUGCUCCUCAAGAGAGGCUUUACUCCACAUGGAUUGGUGGGUCUAUUCUGGCAUCUUUGGACACCUUCAAGAAGAUGUGGGUGUCAAAGCGGGAAUAUGAAGAAGACAAAGCACGUGCCAUUCACAGGAAGACCUUCUAGACUCCAAGAACUGCCGCUCAAAAUUCUGAUAUCAGACCGUCGGAGACUCCCCAUUUACUGCACUUGUCAUCUCCGGGUACCAUCUAUUAUGAGCUCAGCAGGAUUCCAACUACUGUUGGCUCAUGUUUUACCUCAAAUCCCUUUCUUCAUUCAUUUGUGUCGGUUCUGCUCAAGCUUGAUGGUUGGACCAUCCUAAAUAUACUAAAAAGGGCCAUGAAGGUAACUCUGAGGUCAUGGCGCUGUGGACGCUUGUUGAAGAUUAUUGCAUAUUUGGUCCACUUCAGAAUAUUUUUGUUGAUAUUUUGCCUUCAGGGCCUCACAAUGUGUAGAGAUUUUUUUUUUUUUUUUUUUUUUACUGUUGGUCCAUUCCAGUCCUAAGAUGUUUUUGUUUGCUUUUGUACUCUGGCAGGGAGUUAUUAGUUAAAGUAUAAAGUUUUAAGUAAUACUGCUCUGGUAUGUGAUUAACCAUUGUACUAUAUCAGAUCCAAAUUGCACAUGCAUCAUUGGUGAAAAAACUGUAAAUGCACUUCAUAGUGCCCUUACCAACAAAUUUUUUCAUUAAAAUCACCCUUCUGUCCUUUUAGUAAUUUUAAGGUUUCUGUACCUUAAUGUCAUCUUUUGAUAAAGGCCUUUUUAUUCAACUAAAGGAUUUGAUGAUUAUUGUUUACAGUGAUACAGCUGAGAUGUUGAACACAUACAACUCCCAAUUGGUAUUUAGAAUCUAUUUAACUUCUUCCUUUUGUUUAGCAUGUUGUAAUGUUUGUCUACAGACAAGCUGACGCUGACUGUAAAAAUGUGGUCACAUAAAUCCAAUUGACUGAGAUUUCUUUUUGUAUAACUCACUUUUCACUGUUUCCAAAUCCAUAUUGUAUGAGUACAAUAUGAGAGUGGCAUAAGAGGGGUCCUGACCUUAGUUCCUGGGGUCUGCCUUAUUCCAGUAUUGGUACUGGAGUGUCCAUGUCUACUUCAUAGUCAUAAGCCUCAUAUACAGUGGAAUGCGUUUCAACCAGAGCCACUAUCAGACAGCAUAGGGUGACGACUACAAAUGUACAAAACGUGUUUGCUUUUCUUAAAUUCAAUAUAAUAAAUAAGUUAAUGGCUAA